GGAGAUACGGCAAGGGCCUGGGAGGGAGACAAGAAUCCUCAUAGUAGAAGGGGAAGGAUGGCAAUCCGGUCGUACGUUGGUGCACUUCUGCUGUUGUUGUCCUUUUCUUCUACUAUCAACGCCGAGGUCUUUCACAUCGGGAAUUAUGGCGCAAAGGGUGAUGGCACAUCAGACAUAAGCCGGGCCUUGCUGAGUGCAUGGAAGGACGCAUGCGCAUCGAAUACUUCUGCUAAAGUGUUGAUCCCGGGAGGAACGUUUGCACUGUCGGAGGUGGUCCUAGAAGGCCCCUGCAAGGCCCCCAUGGAAUUCCAGCUCCAAGGCACGUUGCGGGCCCCAGCAGACCCGUCCCGCUUCAAGACCGACGGCUGGGUCGUGUUCCAGCACAUCGACGGCCUCAUCGUGUCGGGCGGUGGGACCUUUGACGGCCAGGGCAAGAUCGCCUGGGAGCAGAACAACUGCAACGGGGACACAAAUUGCCGAACUCUCCCCUUCAAUUUGAGGCUCAACUUCGUCGACAAUGCUCUAAUCCAUGACGUAACGACGCUCGACAGCAAGCAGUUCCACGUAAACGUCUUGGGCUGCAAGAACGUGACGUUCCGACAUUUCACCGUGACAGCGCCAGGCGACAGCCUCAACACGGACGGGAUCCACAUUGGACGGUCGGCUGGGAUCAGCAUUAUUGACAGCAACAUCAAGACCGGGGAUGACUGCGUCUCCGUCGGCGAUGGGAGCCAGCAGAUCUUUGUCACGGGGGUGAACUGUGGUCCAGGCCACGGCAUCAGCGUCGGCAGCCUCGGGAAGUGGAAGAACGAAGAGCCUGUGGUGGGUGUCUUUGUCAAGAAUUGCACCAUCACCGGCGCGACCAAUGGCGUGAGGAUCAAGACAUGGCCCGCAUCGCCGGCUGGCGUGGCCUCGGACAUGCACUUUGAGGACAUCCAGAUGAACGAUGUCGCCAACCCCGUGCUCAUAGACCAGGGAUACUGCCCAUGGAACCAAUGCCAAGCACAGGUUCCUUCCCUUGUUAAGAUCAGCAAAGUCAGCUUCAAGAGAAUCAAGGGAACCUCGGCGUCCCAGGUCGCGGUGAAGAUUGCCUGCAGCAAACUCGUGCCGUGCGAUAACGUCGAGAUCACAGACAUUGACCUCGCGUACCAUGGCCCCGAGGGCCCCGCUGUGUCGGAGUGCUUGAACGUCCGGCCUUUGAUCUCCGGCAGGCAAUACCCUCCGGCUUGUGCCAAGGUUGUAAGCUAAAAAAUUUGCUCUUUCUCGGU